CGCCUGUCGGCAGGAGAUGAUCUGUCAAAUGCGAGUUUCUUUGAAUAAGAGCUACCAGUCCGGCUCCGAGCGUCAUGGCGACCGCAGCGUCUAACCACUACAGCAUCCUCACCUCCAGCGCAUCCAUCGUGCACUCGGAGCCCGGCACCAUGCAGCAAGCCGCGGCGUACCGGGACGCGCAGAGCCUGUUGCAGAGCGACUACCCGCUGCAGAGCAACAGCCACGCACUGAGCCAUGCACACCAGUGGAUUACAGCGCUGUCCCACGGCGAGGCAGCCCCUUGGUCCACCAGCCCGCUCGGCGCGGACCAGGACAUCAAACCCGCCGUGCAGAGCGCCCGGGACGACAUGCACAACUCCAGCAGCAACCUGCAACACCAGUCGCGGCCGUCCCACCUGGUCCACCAAAACCACCACGACGCGCGGGCGUGGAGGACCACCACAGCGCCGUCGGCGCACAUCCCGAGCAUGGCGACCACCAACGGCCAGAGCUUGCUCUACUCCCAGCCGAGCUUCAGCGUCAACGGGCUGAUUCCGGGCAGCGGCCAGGGGCUGCACCACCACAACCUAAGAGACCCUCACGAGGACCACCACAGUCCGCACCUGAGCGAGCACAGCCACCCGCCGUCCCAGCAUCAGCACCAGCACCGACCGCAGAACCACCACGACCACUCGGACGAGGACACGCCGACCUCGGACGACUUGGAGCAGUUCGCCAAGCAGUUCAAGCAGAGGAGGAUCAAGCUCGGCUUCACGCAGGCGGACGUGGGACUCGCCCUGGGGACCUUGUACGGGAAUGUCUUCUCCCAAACCACCAUAUGCAGGUUUGAGGCCCUGCAGCUCAGCUUCAAAAACAUGUGCAAGCUGAAGCCUCUGUUGAACAAGUGGCUGGAGGAGGCUGACUCCACCUCGGGCAGCCCUACCAGCCUGGACAAAAUCGCUGCACAAGGGAGGAAACGGAAAAAACGGACCUCGAUCGAGGUGAGCGUCAAGGGGGCCUUGGAGAGCCAUUUUUUGAAGUGCCCAAAACCUGCAGCUUCGGAAAUAAUCACCCUGGCAGACAGUCUGCACCUGGAGAAAGAAGUGGUGAGGGUUUGGUUUUGUAACAGGAGACAGAAGGAGAAACGCAUGACGCCUCCCGGAGGGGCUCUGCCGGGGAGCGAGGACGUGUAUGGGGACACGCCGCCCCACCAUGGGGUCCAGACCCCGGUUCAAUGAACCCUUGGACGUGCACCACAUUUUUGGUCUUUAUUUAUACAAAUCACUUAAUAGUGGCUGUUUUAUGUAUCAUAGACUGCAGUGAGGAGGAAAGCACCUUCUUCUAAAGGAACAUGUUGUGUUCUGAGGAGACCAGCCCAGCACUGUGAGUCCAAGGUGCAGACACUAUUGUGUCAAGGAAACAACACAUGGAGGAUGUUGUUGUUUGCAACACACACAAAAAAAACAGCAGGAUGGCGUCCAUAUAUAUAUAUAUAUAUAUAUACUUUAUAUAUAUAUAUAUAUAUAUAUAUAUAUGCAUAUUCCUUUUGUAGGUCUGCAGAGAUGCUUGCUGGUUGAUUGUCUGCUGGUGGGGGGGGCAACUAAAGAGUCCACUCUGUCAGCUUUGCAUUCAUUUUAUUGCUCUUAUUUAUUCUCAGACAGCUGAGGUUGAAGAUUCCAUGAAGAAAACAAAUAUUGUCAUUAUUAGCAGGAGUGAAAUGAAUAUAUUGAUGAUUAGGUCCACCAAAAACAUUAUUACUAUUAUUAUUAUUAUUAUUAUUAUUAUUAUUAUUAUUAUUAUUAUUAUUAUUAUUAUCUUUUUGGCACUAACAUGCAGGAUGGGUUUAAUAUCUGUAAGGAUUUAUGUCACCAGGACAUUUUUUGAUCCACUUUUGUAAAUAUUGUAUAACUUUAAAAGUCAUGGUUCCAUUUUUUUUUUUCCACUGGGGCACUUUUUGAAUGAAUAUUCCAGAUUGUUUUUUGUUUGUUUUUUUUGUUAAAAAUCCUUCAUAAUCUCCCUGCUGUCUUGUAUCUGUGUUGUUAUUUAAGGUUCAGUUUGAUUCCGGAAGUAUAUUGCGCAUUUGCGGGUGCAUUCUCUACGAUUCAUUAUUAUUACUGUUUCUUUACGUCAUGUAAAUUCACUGAAACGGUUUACAUUUUCGUAGGCGUUUUGUUUGGCCGGAUUUGUCACAUAAAAUUGUGAAUUCAAUGAAAAUUAACCCGUUUUAUUUUUACAUUAACAGAUAUUAGCGUUCUGACCUCUUAAGCCCCAAAUAUUAAACUAUAAAACGUUCAAGGAUGACGUUAAAAUGUCUCAUUUGUUCUCGAGCAGUUAUUAGGAAAAUUCCAAACAUGCAGCAUUGGAUCAAAAAUUAUUAUUGCUUGUGAGUUCGUUUGCAUAUCGCGUUCGUUUCAGCCAUUUUCUUCCCCCUUGUCAGUGUUUCGCUUUUCGUCAUUAUUUAAUAUUCUAUUUGUGUUUUUCAUUUAUCAUGCAGUGGCUUUUGGAGGUGACACAAAAGGGGACCAUUCCUGUUCUGUUGCACAAAUAUGUUUACAUUUAAAUGCCACGACAGCUAAAUGUAUCUAAUUUUUUUUUCAAUUCCAUCGAUGGCCUCUUCUUUUAUGCAAACAAUUCCAGCAUUUUUGAGUACCUGUUUUAAAAAAAAGGUGUGGAAUUCAUUCCCCCCUUUAGAAAACAACAUUUCCCCCUGCAGUAGCUUUAAUCAAUUCAUGCAACUCCAAAUUAUCUGCAAGUUGAAGUUGUGGGAUGUGCAAGCGCCCAGCAGUGUUUUACGUUGGAUUUUCUGGUUGUUUAGUUGACAUCUAUUUUAAAUGGCGUUAUAUUCCCUGGAUGAAGCAGGGUUUAUAAAACAGAGGUAGGAAAUGCCUGUAGGUGAUUCAUCACUUGAUAUAUGAACAAAAGAAUUGCACAUUUUUCAAUGAUGGGGUUGCUAUUAAACAGCUUUUUUUCCAACGUUGAGACUAAAUGUGUUUUUAAGUCCAAAGACAGCUCGCCUUGGAUACCAAAGGUGUUUUGUUUUGUUUUUUAUUUGUGCGCCAGGUUGCUUUUAAAACACGCAAGUUUCUCACAUGGCCUCACCAGAAAGUGCAGAUUUAACGACCCUUUUGCAAGUAAACUGCAACUAACAAUGACAUGUUUGGACGUAACUUACAGAAACCAAAUGUACAAAUGAGUGAUUUGGGGCUUAAGAUAUACCUUUAAAAGUGUUUGGUUACUUGAAUGAAUGAAUUUACGCACAAUAGUAGUCCUACUGACCGAAUAAUAAUAAUAAUAAUAAUAACUAAAAGGUUAUUAUAUUAAUAUUUUCAAACAUGCACUCCUGUUUUAAUGGUUGUCACGGGGUUAUUUUAUUGCUGUAGUCAACACAAUUGACAUAAUAGAUCGCCUGAGGUGCCUAAAUGUAGCUUCCAUAUUAUCGUCACACAUAAUUAAAAACUGAAUAGUGUUUAAUGGUCUUAUGAAGCAAAAUGACGUCAAGUAUGGUUGCCUGUAAAAACUUUAAAUACGCAUUUAUUUUUAUUUAGUUGUUUUAGUUUUAAUGGUGUCUUUCAAAAGUAAUGUCCCCCAAUUGAAGAGCUACGUAAAUGCUAUAUGCUAUGAAAACACAGUGGUAUACAUAUAUAGGCGUACUAUAUUUAUAUAUAUACAUAUAUAUGUGUGUGUGUGUGUGUGUAUGGGAAGUCGACUAUGUGGUCCCCUGUUAUGCAAAAGGUACACUCUUGUGUAGAUGCAAUUAAUAGUGCGUCAUAUUAAUUACACCUCGCUUUUUAUUGCGGUGAAAUUUCCCAUUAGACUUCCAUGGGCGGCAAACACAGUGCACGUAUAGUCGGUGCUUUAGUGCCAUCUAGUGGCCACAGGUGGGAGCGUUCUUGAAGGAGCAGGCAGUUCAUUUCAACGUCACUUCACCAAUUGUGUCAUGUGAUGAAACAUACUUUGUAGAUGUGAAAGGCACUACUGCCAAACGAUGCUGAAAUACUGCCUGAAUUAGAAUAUUAAAAAAAAACGAUAAUAUCAUUAAAAAAUAUAUUGUUUUUUUCACGUUUUGUGGGCACCAAAUUGUAUUCAGGU